GAAGCACCCACUCGCCCUAUAUUCCCAUUGAAGUCUUAUGCACAGUUAAAUUGCUCUUUCUUCUUGUUCACAGUGCGUAAGCAAGAGAUCAUUAAGAUAACAGAGCAGCUGAUAGAAGCCAUCAACAAUGGAGACUUUGAGGCUUAUACAAAAAUCUGUGAUCCUGGCUUGACCUCGUUUGAACCUGAAGCACUGGGGAACCUGGUUGAAGGAAUGGAUUUCCAUAAGUUUUACUUUGAGAACUUACUGUCGAAGAACAGCAAGCCAAUACACACCACCAUCCUGAACCCUCAUGUCCAUGUCAUUGGUGAAGAUGCUGCCUGCAUCGCGUACAUCCGCCUGACACAGUACAUCGAUGGCCAAGGCCGGCCCCGCACCACGCAGUCUGAAGAGACCCGCGUCUGGCACCGCCGAGAUGGCAAGUGGCUGAAUGUCCACUACCACUGCUCUGGAGCUCCUGCAGCACCUCUCCAGUGAGGAUCACAUACGGCAACUUGUGGAGAUACUCAGCGGAGGGCGAUAUCUUCCUAGCAAGCAGCUCUGGAGUGCCUGAGUGACAGCAACGGUCAUGUCUGUUUUGACGAUAAAAAAAAAAAUAAAUACAAAUUACAAACAGGCAGCAGCCAAAUGCACGAAACCCUGCAUGCAUCUGAUGCUCCGGGCGCUGCCUUUCUGUUGUUUUCCAUGGAUCCAUCGUGUCUGUUUCUGCUGUACGAAGGUGUUUUUAAAUCUAAAAAAAAAAAAAAGACAUGUUGUUUGUAUAAAAUAAUAAAAACCAGGAAUAAUGCUAAAUAAAUGACAGAUUAUUCAACAUGCCCCCUCCCCCAGGGCUAAGAAAAUGGCAGCAGCUGGAACAUCUUUCAGAAAUGAAGUGAGGGGAAAGCAAAAGUGAAGGAGAGAGAAAGAGAGAGGGAGAGGAAAAAAAAGGCAGCUUGAGCA